ACAACUUCGUGGUUGCGUGCCUUCGUAUGGAGCUUUAUGGUUCGUCGCCGCCACCCCCAAACAUCGCAAGCCCUCCGAUUUCACCGUUCCUAUCUCCUAAUUUCGUCUGCGAACCCUAAUUGGCCCCAACCUCCGCCCAAUUCCCCUUUCCGCAACCGCAACCAUGUUCCCGUGGCGGAACAUUGCCAAGUCAGCGGAGGCCACCUUCUCCCGUUGGGCCCUUAAGAGGGUUUGCAAAUUCUUCCUCAAGAAGAAAUUGGGACAGUUCAUUCUCGGCGACAUCGACCUCGACCAGCUCGAUGUUCAACUCUCCCAAGGCACCAUUCAGCUCACCGAUCUUGCUCUCAACGUCGACUUCAUAAACGCCAAGUUUAGCAAGACAUCAACUCUAAUGGUCAAAGAAGGAUCCAUUGGCUACCUGUUGAUUAAAAUGCCUUGGAGUGGUAAAGGUUGUGAGGUUGAAGUGAAUCAGCUUGAAUUAGUAGUUUCUCCAUGCACAGAUAAAAUCUCAACUAGUGAAGAUGAAACUUGUGGCUCUGACAUUAGUGAUGAUUGUCGCCUUAAAUGUAGCUCAACACGGACUGACCAUGAAAUAGCAGAUGAUGCUCUGAAGUCAACUUCAGUGGAUGUUCAUGAAGGUGUGAAAACAAUUGCAAAGAUGAUAAAGUGGUUGCUCACAAGCUUCCAUGUUAAAAUAACAAAUGUAAUUAUUGCAUUUGAUCCAUCCUUAGACAAUGAAGACAAUAAAGCACAUUGUCAUCAGACCUUAGUUCUUCGGAUUUCUGAAAUACAAUGUGGAACUAGUCUGUCUGAAGAUGCUGAUUCAAAUGUUGAUGUCCUUGGAAUAAGCCAGUUAACAAACUUUGUAAAGUUUCAUGGAGCAGUUCUCGAGCUUCUGAAAAUAGAUGAUGAAGAUAACCAUUUAUACUUUCAACAUGCAUCAGAAGCAGGAUGUGGUGAACCUGUUUUGGGGUCAAAUAAAGCCACAUGUCCAGUCAUGACUGGGAAACAAGGUGGAUUUGGUGGAAGCGUAAAAUUAAGCAUUCCUUGGAAGAAUGGUUCUUUGGACAUUUGCAAGGUGGAUGCUGAUGUUUGUGUCGAUCCCAUAGUGUUAAGAUUUCAACCUAGUGCAAUUAAAUGGUUAUUGCAGUCAUGGGAAACUCUUAAGAAUCUGAAUAAUAAUGGCAAAGGUUUCACAAAUCACAACUUAAGAGGAUCCACCCAAUUAAAUUCUACCAGUGAAAUUAUAACUGGCAAUGGUAGUUUGCCUGUUGAUUGCACUUCUUUGACCCAACCAGAAAUCCUUGCGGAAGAUUUGCUUCCCACUGCUCAUCUUAUAUCAGAUUGGGUGCCAUUAUCUUCUCAUAUAAAUCAUAAAGAUGGUGUUCAAGAACUUGAUUUUGGAGCAAGUGUGGACCAGUUUUUUGAAUGUUUUGAUGGAAUGAGAAAUUCUCAAUCAGCUUUAGGAAGCAGUGGGAUGUGGAAUUGGACAUAUUCAGUAUUUAAUGCUAUUACUGCUGCAUCCAGCCUUGCUUCUGGAUCCUUGCAUAUUCCAUCUGAACAACAACAUAUGGAAACCAAUCUUAGAGCAACUUUUGCUGGAGUUUCUGUUGUUUUGUCCUUCUGUGAUGAUGAACAAAAUCAUUCUCUUGACCCUAAAAUUGGUCACAAGGGUGGAUUACAAAUUGAUUAUCUUGGCGCAGAGUGCAAUGACAUCAUUCUUGCUUUACAGGCAUUUCCUCAAGGCAUGACACUUGAUGGAAAGGUGAAGCAUAUAGAAGUUGCUAAUAUCUUGAACACCGGAAUUGAUGCCAAAAAUCAAAGUGCUUUGGUUCAACACAUCCAAGCUAAGGUCCUUGAUGCUCUCCCUUUGUCUACCUCUUACAAUCUGGAUUCACUUUCAUUAAUUGAGCCAGGUGCAACAGAUUUUCCAUUUGUAAAUAAUGAUGGCUUGCUGAAAGUUACAUUGUUUAGAACUUCUGGUGUUACAAAUUGUAAAUUUUCAAUGCAAUCAAGUUCACCAGAUGGUCGUUUGACUGGGUUGACUUCAUUCUCACUGAACUUGCCCCCAUUUAUUUUCUGGGUAAUAUUUUCUGUAAUAAAUGUGCUUAUGAAUCUGCUAGAGGAGGUUGAAAAAUCACUUGAAGUGCAUGAUAAAGGAAAGGAAAUUCUGUCUGAAGCCUCAAAUAACAAGUGUGGAUCAUCUCAGAGUGAUGUGAAGGAAGGUUCUAGUACCUGUGUGACAUCCUUCUCCACAACAGAAUGUGUGCAUGGUGAUAUAUCAAUUACUAAUGCAAGAGUGUUACUGUGUUUUCCUUCUAAAGGUGAUGGGGAUCAUACUAAUUCAUAUUCCUGGGAACAGUUUAUUGCUCUUGAUUUUACUUCAUCAUCACCUUUAAAGAAGGGUUGCACUGUGGAUGAUAGUCAAACUUCAAAUGCAAAUCUGGACAAAAGAUUUCCUUCAGUUUCUGCACAAUCUCUUCAAUUGAAUUUUUGUGAUCUGGACAUCUUCUUGAUCACAUCAACAAGUAAUGAGAAUGGUAGUAGAAUCAUCUCAAAUGAUGUGCAGAAUAAGAAAUUUUCUGCUAGUUGUUUCCUUUCUAUUUUUCGUAGAAGGGGGUGUUUCUCUGUUGUUCGUGUUGUUAGGCAAGGGGGUCAAGUGACUGGUACUUGGAUUGCUAAGAAAGCCAGAUUAUUUGCUAAUUCCGAGCAAUCAAUGAGCAAAGAUGAUAUUGGAGGAAGAGGGUAUGAGUUUGCGUCUGCAUCAAAGGUAAAAUAUAUGGAAGAUUGGAAAUGCCAAACUCAGCAAGAGAUGAUUCUAAGCUCAUCAUUUCUCAUGCAUGUUCAUCUAUCUCAAGUUGUGAUUAAUGUGAAUGAUUCUCAGUAUAAAGGCAUACAUCACCUUUUACUUCAGAUGCUAAAUUCAUUGACAUGUGUGACUUCUAAGGAAGUCAAUGUUGAGAAGGAAUCUUCUGUCUCACAAUCGUCAGUAUUUAUGGAAAGUGAUUCUGUAGAAAUUCGUAUUAAUAGGGAUACAUCUGAGAGUAUCAGAAGUUCAAUCAAGAGUGAGCUUCCUGGAAUGUGGCACCAAUUCAGGUUGAAGGUUCAAAAGUUUGAGUUACUGUCUGUCACUAAUACUGGUGGUGUUAAGGCUGCUAGUUUCUUCCGAUUAACCCAUGGUGAAGGCAAGUUGUGGGGGUUCAUCACUGGAGUUCCUGAUCAUGAGUUUCUUCUGAUUACAUGUUGCAGCUCCUCUACGAAGCGUGGUGAUGGAGGAGGUUCUAAUGCAUUAUCUUCUAAAUGUGCUGGUUCUGAUAUCAUACAUCUGUCUGAUCCAGAGAUUUCCUGUAAUCUUACAUCUAUAACUGUCAGCUGUGGUACAGUUAUUGCUGUAGGUGGGCGUUUGGAUUGGUUUGAUGCUAUAUCAUCCUUUUUCAGUUUGCCUGCUUCUAAUACCAAAGAUGCAGGUGAUACUAAUACUUCAAAGAAGAAACGUAAUCUCUCUUACACAACUUCUUUUGUUCUCAGCUUGAUUGAUAUUGCUUUGAGUUACGAGCCCUAUAUGAAGAAUCUUAUGGUUCAGGGUGACGUCCUCAAUUCAGAGUCUGGCUUUUCUUCUGUCAAAGAUGUGUGGGAACAAUGUGUUUCUUGUUUGUUGGCUGCAUCCAACUUAACUCUUUCAAAUUCAUCUUCAGCAGAUACAGUUCAAAGUGUUUUUGAAAUCAGAGUGCAAGACGUGGGGCUUCUGCUUCAUUUAAUGUCAGAGAUGAAUUUUCUCUCUGGCAUUUAUAGUGUUGAACAUCUUCGAAAAACUGGGUAUGUUAAAAUUGCUCAGGAGGCAUUUAUGGUGGCUAUUUUGAAAACAAACUGUGUUAAUGGUCUUCUUUGGGAGCUGGAAUUGUCUAAAUCUCACCUUUAUGUGGAAACUUGCUAUGAUACAACUGCUAAUCUGAUUCGUUUGGCUGCUCAACUUCAGCAAUUAUUUGCCCCUGAUGUGGAGGAAUCUAUUGUGCAUUUGCAGAAUAGGUGGGAUAAUGUUCAACAGGCACAACAAAGAAAUGAAUUUAAAAAUGAAAGUAAUAAUCUCAGAUGUGACUCAAUGUCUUCAACUUCUGAACAGUGCUCCCCUAAAAAAUUUUCAAUGGAUGGAUCUAGUAUAAUCAGCUUGAUGGAUGAAAUAUGUGAAGAUGCAUUUCAAGUAAAUAACGAUAAUACAUGCCAAUCUUAUUCUGUUGAGUCAGGAUUUUGCAUGCCGCUUGAUGGAAGCUUAAUUGAGGUUGGUCAGAUGAAUUUGGAUGAGCCUGAAGUUCUCUAUCAUGAAUUAACUCUAACUGAUUCAGUGCCUGUAAUAGGACCAGAAGGUAGUCACACUGCAUUUCUGCAAGAGGGUUGCUUACCAGAGAUUAUUGAAAGCUAUUGUUUGUCUGAUUUACACCCUCUGUCAGAGCUAUCUUUAGGUGUACAUUCUGAUCAGCUUUCUAGACACAAAUUGAGGAAUGUGGCACAUGGAGAGAUUGAAAGAGGAUGUGGUGGAUGGUAUGGGGGAACCCCUUUAAAAGUAUUAGAAAACCACAUUUCGGAGGAAAAUGAACAAACUGGAUUAGUAAAAGCUGCAGAUCAUCAACUUAUGCUUGCAUCUAAUGAUAGUUCAUCACAUAGUGAGACUUGUGGACGUGUAAUUCUUAAGAAAAUUGAUAUAAGAUGGAGAAUGUAUGGUGGUUCUGACUGGCUUGACUCUGAUAAAAAUGGGCACCAUUCUGGGAGAGACACAUCUGUUUGCUUGGAACUUUCAUUGUCUGGGAUGAAAUUUCAGUAUGAUAUAUUUCCAGUUGGUGGACUACGUGUAUCUAAGAUGUCUGUAUCUGUUCAAGAUUUUUAUCUAUAUGACAGAAGCCAAGAUGCACCUUGGAUACUGGUACUGGGAUAUUAUAACUCAAAAGGUCAUCCUAGGGAGUCUAAUUCAAAAGCUUUUAAAUUGGACUUAGAGGCAGUGAGACCAGAUCCCCUUACUCCCCUUGAGGAGUACAGGUUAAACAUUGCUUUUCUACCUAUGCGAUUACAUCUACAUCAAUGUCAGCUUGAUUGUCUUGUUAAUUUCUUUGGGAGAAAAAACACAUCGAGUGAUCAGUUUCCUAAUAAUUGUCAAGAUUCAGAGGCUUCAAAAUCACCUGAUAAGACUCAGAAGAGUAAAGAUCUUGCAUUUCAUUCAAUUGCACAAGAGGCACUGCUUCCUUACUUCCAGAAGCUAGAUAUAUGGCCGAUUCAUGUUCGGGUGGAUUACAGUCCCAGUCAUGUAGAUCUAGCAGCAUUAAGACAUGGAAAGUAUGUAGAACUUGUAAAUCUUGUCCCUUGGAAGGGGGUUGAACUUAACCUGAAACAUGUUCAUGCUUCUGGCAUCUAUGGUUGGGCCAGUGUUUGUGAAACUACUGUAGGGGAGUGGUUGGAAGAUAUAUCUCAGAAUCAGAUUCAUAAAUUACUGCGGGGGCUUCCUACUGUACGGUCAUUGAUUGCAGUUGGAGCUGGUGCUGCUAAGCUGGUCUCAUCACCUGUAGAGAGCUACAAGAAGGAGCGGAGAGUGCUCAAGGGUAUGCAGAGAGGUACAAUUGCCUUUCUUCGUAGCAUUUCUCUUGAAGCUGUUGGACUUGGAGUUCAUCUAGCAGCUGGAGCCCAUGACAUUGCAGAAUAUAUUCUCGCAAGCAUACCUUCUCCAGUUCCUGUACCUGUAAAAGAUAAAUCAAAAACAAGUGUUCGAUCUAAUCAACCUAAUGAUGCCCAAGAAGGAAUUCAGCAGGCUUAUGAGAGUCUUAGUGAUGGCCUGGGGAAAUCUGCUGCUGUGUUAGUUCAGAACCCCUUGAAAAAAUUCCAGCGUGGUUCAGGUGCUGGACCUGCCUUGGCUGCUGCUGUUCGAGCAGUUCCUGCAGCUGCCAUAGCUCCUGCUUCAGCUUGUGCCAGUGCUGUACACUGUACUCUCCUUGGAUUUAGAAAUAGCCUUGAUCCUGAACGUAAAAAGGAGUCCAUGGAGAAAUAUUGUCCAACACAACCCUGGGAAGAAGACUGAUUAAUGGUGUUUUAAAAUCUGUUUGCAGAAUUGCAGAUUGUUAUGUGAGGAUUGACUUAGGUGAUACAGCUUUACUGAUCAAGCAGAUUCAGAAGAGCAUUUUUUAAUCUGCUUGGCAGUCUCCCGUGUAUCAUAUGUACAGUAACAACCAGUCAGUUGAUUCUUUUCUAUCGGAGAUUCAGAGUAAUUGUAUAUGCUGUAAAUAUGGAUGGUGCUUGUUAAUCCUAUUCUUAUUCAAACGGAUGUCAUUGAGUGAAUAACCUCUGAGGAGGGAAAUUUACUGCAUAAAAUGCGUCCACAUACAUCCCCCAGCUAUUAAAGAAAGAAGUCGCAGUCACUUAUAGCUUAUUCCACGUCUUUCGUUGGAGCAUAAGAAUAUAAUUUGGUGGAAAACAUACCUU